CCAUCACGAUUCACACGCUUAUAUGUAGUGUGCUGGUGUGUUGCGCGAAAGCGUGAUUAGUAGUGGUAGGGCUGCUGUCAUGUGGACGUGUCUUCGCAAGGCUGAGCAGCAGCAACAACAGCUGGAGCUAAGUGCACGUCCAGGAACAACACAAUUAGAAGUCGGGACGAUGCAAUGCCAGCGCGACGACGUCGCAUAGGUGCCGAGCCAAAUUUUUAUCGCCAGGAGUCGUACGACAAUGACGACCAGGACAAUUUGUUGAAACAGUCGAAUACGUUUGUCCCGACGAUGUCGUCGCGCGACCGUACCCAGGAGUUUGGCAAUGCCUUACGAAGCUUGCAAAACACUACUGCCUCCAGAGCUGCCGUUCUACGCAGUCCUAGGCAGGCAAAACAUCUUCAGACUUACUCCGAUUUCAUGAUGAUUGCCAAGAAUAUCGGUAAAAACAUCGCCAGCACCUACGCCAAGCUUGAAAAGCUUGCUUUGUUGGCUAAGAAGAAAUCUAUAUUUGAUGACAGACAAAUGGAAAUAGAAGAGCUUACUACAAUUAUAAAAACAGAUCUAAGUAGUUUAAAUCAGCAAAUUGCCAAAUUGCAAGAGAUGGGUAGGAGGCAGCGUGAAAGUUUUAGUUCUUCGAAGGGUCAUCACAUUGCAUCGCAUUCCUCCUCAGUUGUUGUAGCCUUACAAUCAAAACUUGCUAAUAUGUCAAAUCAUUUUAAGAGUGUCUUAGAAGUUCGCUCUGAGAAAAUGAGGGAAGAACAAAGUAGAAGGGAACAAUUUUCUCAUGGACAUGUGUCGACAAUGUUGCCGCCAAAUGUUGCUGGUAAGCAAGGCUCUCUACUGCUGCAAGAACAACAGGAUUCUGGUGCUUCCAUUAGUAUAGACCUUGAACCAGCUAUGGGUUCACAGCGUAUGCAGAUGGCAGUAUAUGACGAUACUGAUUCUUACGUGCAGUCAAGAGCAGAAACUAUGCAAAAUAUAGAAUCUACUAUAAUAGAGUUGGGUGGCAUUUUUCAGCAAUUAGCACAUAUGGUUAAAGAGCAAGAAGAAAUGGUAGAAAGGAUAGAUAGUAAUAUCGAAGACACAGAAAUAAAUGUAGGAGCAGCUCAUGCAGAAAUAUUGAAGUAUUUUCAAUCAGUGACCAAUAACCGAUGGCUCAUGAUUAAAAUCUUUGCAGUUCUCAUAUUUUUUUUCAUUUUCUUUGUGGUUUUCUUGGCGUAAUCAAGAAAAAUGCAAAGGAAAAGCAAACAAAGCAAGACUGCAAUUUAUUCAAGAACUCUGUUUUUUUAUAUAUUAUUUUUAAAGACUUGUGCAUGGUGGUGACAUCGAGACUUAAGGGUAAUUUUGUACUCCUUAGGGUUUCUUAGGCCAAACAAGCGAUUUAUAAAUAUAGCGAUAAACUCGCGGCAUUCCUCGACUUUUAGCACCAAUUUCUCUUUGUAACAUAUAGAUCUUAUAAAAAAAUUAAACAAAAGAAAACACGAGUGCGACAUAAACAAUAUAAAUGUAUAAUUUUCAUGGAUAUUGUUAUAUUACACAAAGAAGA